AUGAGUAAUAAGAAAAGAAGUAAAAAUGAAAAUGACGAAUCAACAUCAUUACCUUUAGAAAAUUCCGAGUUAUUAAUCGAAUAUAUACAUAAUUUAAAGAGCUGUUUAAAUGUAUAUAGGCGAGAGAUCCAGGAAAAAAAUAAAUAUAUUAGUGUCAUAAAGAAUGAUUUAAGUUUUCACGAAUGUAUAUUAACAAAUGUAAAUGUUGUAUGGAGUGUGUUUAAUAACGAUUUAUUAAACCUGCUAUGUAAUAAUGAACAAAAAGAAGAAGGGGAAGAAAUAAUAAAACAAAGAAACAUAGGUGAUGAGAUGAAUGAAUAUAAUAAUUUAACAAAAUUACAAAAUGAUGAAAAUAUAAAAGACAAUAAUAUGAUUAAAGAAGAUCUUGAAGAUGAUGCCAAUCAGAAUAUUUUGAUGAAAUCACCUUAUUAUAAUAUAGAAAAUUUUUUACAAGUAUUUUUAAAAUAUAUUAAUAAGAAGAAGAAAAAGAAAAAGGUAAAGGAUGAAGGUAAGAAAGAAAAAAUAGAGGACAAAAAAUACGAGCAAGAUGAAGAAGAAGAAAAUGAAGAAGAAGAGGAGGAGGAGGAAGAAGAAGGAGAAGAAGAAAAUAAAGAGGAUGAAGAAAUUUUCAAAACAUUUGUAUCUUUUAAUUUGUAUCAUACUAACAAUGAAGAGAAUAUAUCAUAUGAUAAAAAUUUAGUUAAACAGGAAAAUGAUAAUAAAGAUGAAUCACGUGGUAACGAUAACAUGUGUGGUAAUUAUGAUAUAUAUAAUGAGAGAGGGGAAAUGUUAGAUAAGGGUAAAUCAUAUUCAGGUGACGAAAAAAUAAAUAGAAGCGAUAAUGCUAAAUCUUAUGAUUAUGUAAAAAAUGAAUGUGAAGAACAAGAAGAAAAAGAAAAUAUGUUAAAUAAUAAAAAAAGAAGUUUGGAAUGUAAUCCAAAUGAAGCGAAAAGAAUUUGUUUCUCUUUAGAAGAGAAGAUAGGAACUGUUCAAAGUGUAAAAUUAAAGGAAUAUAAUGAAUCGAGUAAAGAAAAUAUUGAAAAAAAUAAACAUGAUGAUAAUAACAUUUGUAAUUAUUUUUCACACAAUGAAGGUGAGAAUGUAAUAGAAAAGGAAGAUAAAUCAUUUAAUAAGAUGAAUAAUAAAAAUUAUAGAAAUGAAGAAGAGAAAAAAAAAAAUGAAAUAAAUUUUGAUUAUUUAAAAAAAAGAAUUAAGAAUAACCAAGAGAUUUUUGAGGAGACGAUACAAAAAUGUUUUUUGAUAAAUUUAAAAAAGACAUUAAAUCUUAUAAACAAAAUUAUGUAUUUAAAAAAUGUUGAAUUUAGGAAAUAUAACUUAGAUUAUAUUCGAAAAAUAAAUUAUGAGAAAUGUUUUUAUUAUAAGAAUUAUAUUGAGAUAAAAAAGAAAAUAAUCGAAUUACAAAAGGAUAACGAAAGUUUAAAAAUUCAGGUAGAUAGACUAGAGAAAAAGAAGGCUACAUUAAUAUACAAAUUGAAUAAUGAUAAUAUUCGUAAAGAUAUUCUUGAUAAUAAUAUUAAAAAUUAUCAAAAUGGUAUUGAUUAUUCGAAAGUAAGUUAUUUUGAUGAAGGGGAGAACCAAAAUAAGCGUAAUAAUAAAAAUUAUCGUACAGAUAAUAAUAAUAAUAGUGAUGAUAAUAAUAAUAAUAAUAAUAAUAAUAAUAAUAAUAAUAAUAAUUAUUGUUAUUAUAAUAAUUACAAUAGUGAUGAUAAUUAUAAUAGUGAGGAUAAUGAAUAUAAUAGUGGUAAUUAUAGAUUUCGUAAUAAUUAUAAGAAAGAUUCUUUGAAUGAAGAUGAUGUAAAAAAAAAUUCUUUGAAUGUAUAUCACAAAAUUAAGAGUGAUUCUAAUAUUUUUGUUCAUGUUGAAAAUAUUAUAACAAAACAAAAUAUUAUACAUAGUGAACCAUUUCGAAAUUUAUUAAAAGAAUCUAAUGAAUUAUAUAUUACGUUAAAAGAGAAAGAAAAAGAAAAUAUUAUUUUAAAAAAUGAAAUUCUAAAGAUGGAAAAUAAAAAGGAUGAAGAAUAUGAAGAUUUAUUAAAUAAUACAAUUGAAGACAAGAAGGAAUUAACUAGAAGUAUUAAAGAAUUAGAAUUAAAUAUGAUGACAUGUAAUAUGGAAAAAGAUAAAAUAAGUAAUAAAGUGAAUACAUUAGAAUACGAAAUAAAUGUUUUAAAAAAUAUUGAUAAGAAUCAAACUAUGCAAUUACAACAAAAGGAAAGUGAUAUUCUAAAGUUGAAGUUGUAUAUUGAGAAAUUAAAAUUAUCUGAGAAAAAUUUAAAAGAUAAAAUAAUUUUAUUAGAGAAUGAAAAGGAUAAAAUGUUGAGUGGUAUUAUACCUAUGAAAGAUAAUUCGUUUAAUGAGGAGUCCAUAAGUGAGGAAGGAAAAAUUCACGUGAGAGAUAUUCAAAAUGAUAAGGAUGAAAAAUAUGAUGAUGAAAAAAAAAAAAGAUUUAAAGAGUUAUUUAUAGAAAAUCAGAAAUUAAAAGAAGAAUUGAACAAAAAAAGAAACGUAGAAGAAGAAUUACACAACUUAAGGAAAAAUUAUAAUAUCAUUAAUGAAGAAAUUGAAGAAAUAACAAAAGAAUUUGAAAAAAAACAAGAACAAGUUGAUGAAAUGAUAUUACAAAUAAAAAAUAAGGAAUUAGAAUUAUUGGAGAAAUUUAAUAAUAAAAUGAAUAAAGCGUAUGUAGAAGAAAAAUUAAAAGAAUUAAAAGAUACAUAUGAAGAAAAGAUGAAACAUAUAAAUAAUAUAUAUAAAAAACAUGAUGAUUUUGUUAAUAUUUAUUUAAAUUUAUUUUUUCAAGCAAGAAAAAAUGCAAUACUUUCUGACAGUCAAAGAGAAGAACAAAUGAAUUUAUUUAUAAAAUUAAAAGACAAAUAUGAUAUCAUAUUUCAAAAAAAAAUAGAAUUAACAGAUAUUUUAAAAAAUGUUUAUGAUUGUAAUAAAAAAUUAAUAGGACAUUGUCAAGAUUUAGAAAAAGAAAAUUCUACUCUUCAAAAUAAACUAUCGAACGAAAUAAAGAAUUCAAAAAUGCUAUCCAAAAAUUUAUCUAAAAAUUCUGAUGAUCAUUUAUUAAUUGAAGAAAAUAAUGAAUUAAGAAGAAGAUUAAUUUGUAGUGUAUGUAUGGAAAACUUUAGAAAUUAUAUUAUUAUCAAAUGUGGUCAUAUUUAUUGUAACAAUUGUAUAUUCAAUAAUUUAAAAACAAGAAAUAGAAAGUGUCCACAGUGUAAAGUACCAUUUGAUAAAAAAGAUCUACAAAAAAUUUUUCUCGACUAA